UCCAAUAAAUUUGCAUGGCUGCUCUUUACGGCUUCAUUUUCUUAAUAUUUCACUCUUUUAAUAACUUUACUUGUAAAAUGUAUGUAAAUGCCCUACAUAGUGUAAAUAAAGAAUUGAAUUGAUUUAAGAAAUUGCAACCAGAGGACUCGAGAACAAAUUCCCUUCAGAAUUAAACGACUUAUUUAACUGCGUUUUUGUCUCUUUCUUUCCAGUUUUGUUUUGUUAUGGUGCAAAGUUGGUCAGCUCUUGUACACAGGACCAAUUUGACGUUAAAGCGAAGGCCUGCUUGAUGGAUGAGUUUUUUAGUACCAUCAAGGAAAACCCCAAACAAGACUGCAGUGCAGCGUACCUUGCUAUGAAAAACUGCAUCAAUAAGGUUUUGUAUGGAUGCAAGAACAACACGGAUCCCCAAAACCUGACCAAUAUUUCCUCCAGAGCACUAACAGUCAUUGGCUCGGAGAAUUAUUAUUGCAGAUACGGUAUGCUGAAUUCGCUCGAGGGAAUCGACCUGCAGCCCGACUGCCCGAAGAAAGCCACGAAAAAAGUGAAGAACUGUGCUGCUUCCUUCCACAAGGAAUUCAGCAAAGACAAGGCAAGCCCUUCCCUAUGCAGGUUAGUUACAGACCUCNGAAUUGAGAAAAGGUUACCAUAUUAUUGCUAA